UGUCCGAUGGAGCUGUGAAGGACAUUCAGCUGAGAACGGAAGCAAGGCAAGAGCUUCGUAUAGGACGCGAACUGCAGCUCUGUCGUUUUGAACCGAGCUGCGUAGGCUUUCAACUCGGAGUAUGGCUGGCGGAAAGGGCGGCAACGCGCCGCAGCAACAUCAUCAUCGCUCCCAGCUGUCGCAGACCAACAAGGCGUUCAAGUCGAGGCAUGCGACCAAGGGCAGCAUCAAGACUGCUGCAAAGGGUCGGCAAGAAGGCACGCAGCCCAGAGUGCACAAGGCUUCGCCGCUGGGCAUAGCAGCUACACCACAAGGGGCCCGGCAGGCCCGUCGCAAUCUAGCAAAGCAAACGCAACAAUCCAAACGUGCUGCACUCGUCGAAUCGACGCGCAUUUUUGGUGUUGGCGCAGGGUCCUCUCUCGCGGGAACACUCGGCCUUGGCAAAGGCACAGCCGCUUCUGGUGGCGGCGCGCCUCGUAUCUGCGCUGUGAUCGACUUGGCAGGGGGAGUUGCAUGGGAUGCCGUGCGGAUGAUUGAAGAGGAGGGCGAGGAAGGUGGUAUCAAGCCGGUGCCUGGACGGAGCAGCUCAGAAGCUCGACAGCGCGGCGACGCCUUCUCAGAGAUCGAAGCGACGCGGUUCAGACAGACGAUCCAAUUUUUGCCUCUACCGUAUGGUGCGCUAUGGGCGACGCUUGACGCCUGCAAGUGCGCAGACUUUGUGCUUUGCGUCUUGUCAUCCACCAAGUCGAUCGAGCCGGGCUCAUGGGGCGAACUCUGUCUGCGCGCCCUGCAAGCGCAAGGACUGCCGAGCGUUCUCAUCGCUGUGUCGACCUUGAACCCUCAAGGCAACAUCGGUGUCGGGGGAAGCAAGAAAGCAGGCCCUGUACAGCGCGCAGUCAACGAAACGCGCAAGAGCUUGCUCAGCUUCGCACAAUAUUUUGCGCCCGAGGUGGAAAAGGUCCAUUCCUUGGACGACCGGGCAGAGCGCAGCGCGCUGAUACGCACACUUGCUACUAGCACACCCAGGCGCGUGGCAUGGCGAGACUUCAGGGCUUGGACGGUCUCAGAAGGUGCAGAGUGGGUGCCUUCACCAGAUGCCGCCUCUGGCAGUGAUGCAAAAGGGACUCUCAAAAUCGAAGGAUGGGUUCGCGGUACACCGAUGAGCGCCAAUCGCCUCGUUCAUAUUCCUGAUUUCGGCGAUUUCCGGUUCAGCAAAAUUACGUAUGCUCCACCCUCCACAGCUGCUCGGUAUCCACGGCGAAAUGGCAAAAAGGAGCAGCUUUCAAGUACCGACGGAAUGGACGCAGAGAUGGCAAGUGGUGAAGUGGAGCCGAGCGAGGGGGAGGAGAAGCCGCUUGAAGGGGGAGACGUGCUGGAUGAGCGGGACGAUGAGUACGCCGAUGACAUGCGCAGCACUAAUGAAGUGGAUGACAUGGCCAAUGAGCAGACCUGGCCCACGGAGGAGGAGAUUGCAUCUGCUACUGGUGCCGCUCAAGAGGGCGUCUCAGACGCAUCUUUGUUGCCGCCAGCUGUGCCAGGCAUCACCCCUAGAUCGAUCGCAAAGUACAAGGCUUCUACAGGUGGAGCGCCGAAGCUCAAAGGAGAGAGUGCGCCGAGCGAAAAAUGGAAGGCUGCCUGGAUCAUCGAAAGUGACGAAGAGGACGACGAAGAUGACGAGGACGACGAGGACAAGGACGAGGCCCAUGUGGAGGAAGAUGGAGAGCAUGGCGCGGAGGCGAUCUCAGCGCCAGCUAUUGGUCCUGCAUCAUCCAUGAAGCCGAGCACAAGCGUUCAAGUCGAGUCUACAGAUGCUGCCCUGUCGGACGUAGGGAUGGAAGAAGACGACUACGACGAAGACGAGGAACGCGCUGCAUGGGAGGCUUAUCAGGAACGCCGCCAGCGUGAAAAGGAAGAGCGCGAGGACGCCGAGUUCCCAGAUGAAGUCGACACACCUAUGGACAUUCCCGCGCGUCAGCGUUUCGCUAGGUAUCGUGGGCUCAAGUCGUUCCGCACCAGCCCAUGGGACCCGUACGAAGAUCUGCCGCGGGACUACGGUCGCAUCUACCAAUUCGACAACUAUGGCAGGACGGCGCGUCGUGUAGAGGCAGCUGCAUUGGUCGAAGGUGUGCAGCCUGGCGUUCGUGUGUGCCUCUGGAUCGAAGAUGUGCCAAGGGAAGCGGCCGUGCGCGCACAAGCCAGAGGAGCGGGAGAACUACCGGAGCUGCAGGAAGGCCAACAGGUGCCGUUUGUCGUCUUCGGCUUGCUUCGUCACGAGCACAAGAAGAGCGUGCUGCAUAUGACUGUCACUCGCAACACCGAAUACGAAGAGCCUGUGCGGUCCAAGGAUCCACUUGUGCUUUGCUUGGGCCCUCGGCGAUUCCGAGUGAACCCAAUUUACUCGCAAAACACACUCGGCUCCGGUAAGCGCAGCAACGGCGCUCACAAAUUCGAGCGUUAUCUUGCGCAAGGUAUUAGCGGAUCCGUUGCGACGGUGUAUGCGCCAAUCACUUUCGGCGGCUCGAACGCCCCUGCCGUCCUUUUCCGCGAACGCGACUUUGCAGCUGGAGAGUGUGGCCACGACCAGCGUGGCGUGGGCGCGCGGCAGACACCUCACCUCGUCGGUAUGGGCAGUCUCUUGGGUGCCCAGCCGACUCGAAUCAACGCCAAGCGUAUUUUCUUGACCGGACACCCUUACAAGGUUCACAAGAAGACCGCCACAAUUCGCUUCAUGUUCUUCAAUGCGGACGACGUGCGCUACUUCAAGCCGAUCAUGCUGCACACAAAGCACGGCAAGACGGGCCACAUUCGCGAGCCAUUGGGUACGCACGGGUACAUGAAGGCCCACUUUGAUGGCCCUAUCUCGCAGAUGGACACCGUUCUGCUGCCGCUUUACAAGCGUGUCUUCCCAAAGUGGGCAGAGCUAUUCACCAGCAGCCGCGAGGAGAUGCCGCUCCCACGCUCGCAAGUCAAAGAGAGUGAAGACGAGGACGCAGGCAUGAAGAUUUGAUCGAGCAAUGCCGUCUGUAUCACAGCGCGGAAAGUCUGCGUAUCGUAUUUCAAAAGAGCAAACAUAGUCGCUACGCACAGCAUGUAUUGCGAUUAUCGCGUGAGAAGCUUGCCAACCGUCUUCCAGUAGCUCUUGUCCUCCUCUGAGCCCUC